UUUGGACUUUGACUUCUCCAAUUCAGUUGCAAUUUUGGCAACAGUAUUUGCCGGGAAGAUGGGAAGACCCGCUUACGCCCGCCCACCCAUCGUCUUUCGAAGUGUGCCUCCAGCCCGUCUGACGGUGACACCGUCCAGUUGGACUGGAGAUGACUUGUAUAUUCAAAAGAUCCGCUGCCCCAGCCUCGGGCAGUGAUCAUACGCUCAUGCAAAAUGGUUAUGAAGCGAAACCCAUACCAGAUGAUACACUUUCAGUGAAUACCCGUGUCUCUGACCUCCCCACCGACAGUAGACGUUCAAGUGUGGUGCUGGACUCGGAAGACGAGGACCGUCGCGAGAGAAUAGGAAAUAUGGCCCAACGCCCUUGGCAAGCGGCGGGUGCUAUCGAUGUCCAGCAAAACAAUGUGUCAUAUCACGACCCGGAACCCCAAAUUUCCCCGGGCAGGCCUUCUCCACGAGUCCGAUUCAGAUCUCGCGUGCGGAUUACAGCUGGGGUCCGUCGUCACAGACGUCUAUCUGACGGGCUCUCCUCCAGCGCAUCCUCCAUUUCGGGAUCACCCUCAUCGUCCAUCUCGGCACCUCUGCGCACGCAUGAUGACAACUCUGGGGGCAGCAAGGGGUGGGGCCCGCUGGGGCGCAGAGUCAACUUACUGGCAUCACAAGUUACACAGGAACGGCGGAGCCGAGCCGGCGUAAAGGUCAACGGAAGUGGCAAGCCUCGGAAGAUGUACUCGACGUCUCUUGCGGACUCUGUUGACGAACGCUCCCACCUCGUGUCUUUCUACACCGGAUACUUAUAUACCACAACUGUCGGCCGUGGUGGCAUGUGCCACCUAGAUCAAAAUGUGGAGUGUGAACAACUGCGGAGAGGACAAACCACCGGUGCUUCCUUUGGCGAAUGGCCAUGGAGGCUGCUAAAUCGACACUGGUGGUGGUGGCAGUUGGAGCCUAUCGUCUGUUGUUUCUACCUCUGCGACGAUACAGAGGACGAGUGAUUUAUGAAACGUCGAGCUCCAUUACCAUGUAUAUCGUCACCUGCGUUGCUGCUUUCCACUAUGCUGUAUUGUAUACA